AUGGUACAGUUGCUAUCAAAGAAGUUGGACAUCAAGCAAAAGAAGAAACAGGACAAAGAAGAUGACAGAGCUGAAGUUGAUCUGAGUCAUUCUGAAGGAGAGGAAGAAAGUGAUGGAGAAAGCAAUUCGGUGAUUGUGCUAAAGAAGGUGAGCAGCAAAGGAACAUCUUCAGGUGGUCCUAUGGACAAGUUCUGUACACAAGAAAUAGUUGCUGCAAGGAAGGGGAAAUCUGGUGUUGAAAAUAAGGUUCCAUCCAAGUUGUCUACUGAAAAAAGAGAGGAGAAGAGAGACAGGGCAUGUGAGUACAUUUGCCAAUUCUUUUAUGAAGCAGGGAUCCCACACAACACUAUUUCAUUGCCUAGCUUUGAUCUUAUGCUUGAGGCUAUAGGAGAUUUUGGUAGAAAUUUGAGAUGCCCAACUCCAUAUGAGAUGAGUGGGAAAUUCUUACAGAAAAGGAAAAGGAAAGUACAGGAGUCAUUGAAGUCUCAUCAAGAAUCUUGGGAGCUACAUGGUGGCUCAAUUAUGACAGAUGCUUGGACAGACAAGAGAGGUAGAGGUGUGAUGAACUUGGUAGUUCAUAGUGCAUAUGGUAUUUAUUUUCUUGAUUCAGUGGAUUGCUCAGCUGAGAAGAAAGAAGGCAGAUACAUCUUUGACCUGGUUGAUAGAUGUAUUGAGGAAAUAGGGGUGCAAAAUGUAGUCCAAGUUGUGACUGAUAAUGCAAGGGAAAAUGAGGCUGUUGCAAGUCUAUUGAAAGCAAAGCACCCAUCUAUUUUCUGGACUGGUUGUGCUGCCCAUACUAUAGACCUCAUGCUAGAAGAUAUAGGAAAGUUUCCAAAAGUUUCAGCAACAAUUAGCAAAGCAAAGUUCCUGACUGUUUUCCUAUAUGCCCAUACUAGAGUUUUGGACCUAAUGAGGAAGUACCUUUCUAGGAAUUUGGUGAGGUGUGGGGUAACAAGGUUUGCUACAACUUAUCUCAACUUGAAAAGCUUGUUCGAAAACAAGAAGCAAAUUCUGAGGCUAUUUAGGGAAGAUGAACUCAAUGAGUUAUGGUACCUAAAGAGUGUCAAAGGGAAGAAAGCACACAACAUAGUAACCUCUGAUAGUUUCUGGAGAAGAGUUGAGGCUGCUGUUAAUUACUUUGAGCCACUAGCUACUGUGUUGAGGAGAAUGGACAGUGAUGUGCCAUCAAUGGGGUUCUUGUAUGGCUAUCUAGUAGAGGCUAAGAAUGAGAUUGCUAGGAGAUUCAACAAUGAUAGGAAGAAAUAUGAGGAAGUUCUUCAUUUCAUUGACAAAAUGUGGGAUAGUAAGAUGAAGACACCUUUGCAUAGGGUUGGAUACUAUUUGAAUCCUUUCUACUAUUAUCAAAAUAAGGUUGAAAUAGAGGAUAAUGAGUCAUUUAGGGAUGGUGUAAUAACUUGCAUCACAAAGCUUGUGAGAGAUGCCGACACUCAAGACAAAAUUAUUGAAGAGCUUCAAAUGUUUCAGGAUGCAGAGGGAUCAUUUGGCAAAGAAAUUGCCCAAAGACAAUGCAAAAACAUUCAUUUUGAUCCAGUUCAUCAGCUUGUGAAAGAUGUUGGAGUUUUUUUUGAACAAGUCCACACAAAGAAAAGAAAUAGGCUGCUUCAUGACAGAAUGAGGGACCUUGUAUACAUCAAGUUCAACUCAAAACUAAAGCAAAAGAAGGAUAACAAGGAUAAGGAUCCCCUUGAGGUGCAUAUGGUUGAUGCAUUAGAAGAUGAAGACAAUGAGUGGAUCACUGGCAUUGAGCCAACAGAAGUAGAUCAUGACCAAGAGGGAGAAACUGGAGCAACAUCACAGUCACGGGGAAUUGCAGCUGCAUCUCAAAGAGAAGAAACAAGGAGGGGAGGUCAAAGGAACAAAAAAAGGAAGAGGUUGAUCCAUAUCCCUACUGCUAUGGAUGAUGAAGACAUCAGUGUUGCAUCUUCUGAUGGAGAAGACGACAAUGAUAUGCCAUCCCCAUCCUUUCCAAGUUCAGUGACUAAGGUCCAUGGUUCUGUUCUACUUCUAUGGUUAAAUAGUUAUGCUGCAGGACUAUUUGAAGACCUCGAUAAAGAAGAAUUGUCUGUCGGUGCUGAGACAAUGUUGAAGAUUGCGUUACAACUAGUGGGUAAAGCUAAAAGUCCCCAAGAUCAAGAUGUGUUGAAGGAAAAAGAUGAAGAUGCUGAAGACAAUUGA